GUCUACAUCUGCUUGGGUUCAAACCGAUCAAAUCACUUGAGCGACAUUUCUAUGUUCGUCCGGCGCAGUUUCUCUAUCCAGAUGAAAGCACCGUGCGCGGGAGUCGUCUUUGGUUUACCACACUACUCCAGACCUGUCUGAAUAAACAAGUUAUCGCUUUGGGUUUGUGUGUUCAACGCAAAGCAUUGCCUCCGCGGCUGGUGGCGUUGUUGCCACAGGCCGAACAACUCGACGAGGAUGGCAAUCAAAUUACUCCACCCGGAUUUCAACUUAUUCAUCUUCCUUACGCGGACGAUUUUCGUGAACUGGAUUUACCCGAAGUCCCACCUGGUGAGUAG